AUGGAGCAUACAACACAACCCGUUUCCGAUGGUCUUAAUCCCGAAAAGCCUCGUGAUGCACAAGUCGAAAAUUCUGAACCAUUACAAGCCUAUGCCAACACCAAGGCUCUAAAGCAAGAUGCCAAACAGGCCACGGCUGCGGAACACAGCCUUAGUUUCUGGAAAGCUAUAGUUACCUACCGCAAGGCCGUGUUCUGGUCUGUCAUGGUAUCCACGUCAAUCAUAAUGGAGGGUUACGACGUGACACUUAUUGGCAGCUUCUACGCCUAUCCCACCUUCCGAAAGAAAUACGGACACGAUUAUGGAGGGGAGGCAGGCUACCAGCUGUCUAGUGCAUGGCAGGCUGGCCUUUCAGAUAUGGGAGAGAUUGGAAAAAUUAUUGGAGCUAUAUCAAACGGCUAUUUCACUGAUAUCUACGGUCACAGAGCUGUCAUGCUCACCAGCCUCACUGCUCUAACUGCUUCCAUCUUCAUAGUCUUCUUCGCUCCGAACACGCCGGUACUCCUUGUUGGAGAGUUCUUUUGUGGUAUUCCAUGGGGAGUCUUUGCUACUAUGGGCCCUGCAUUUGCUGCAGAAGUCUGUCCUUUAGCUCUACGUGGACAUCUGGCAGCGUUUGUCAAUAUAUGUUGGGUGAUAGGGCAGUUCCUCUCCGCUGCCGUACUAAAAGCAUUAGUGAACAAUACAACCCAGUGGGGCUAUCGGAUUCCAUUCGCUCUUCAGUGGAUGUUUCCGCUUCCACUCGCCAUAACAUUGUGGUUUUGUCCUGACUCGCCGUGGUGGUUGGUGCGUGCGAAUCGUCUAGAUGAUGCUGAGAAGUCACUGCAGCGUCUGUCUAGCAAUGCAGAUGCGGAUGACAUUAGACAGUCGGUUGCGCUGAUGGUCCACACUACAAACCUCGAGAAGGAUAUGCAAUCUGGCGCUACUUACAAAGCUUGCUUCCAGGGAACUAAUCUUCGCCGCACGGAAAUAGCUUGCAUGGCCUUCCUGUCACAAGUCACGAAUGGGGGUGCGCUGGUGUACAGCGCAGUGUACUUUUUUCAACAGGCGGGUAUCAAAACAGAUGCAUCGUUUGCGAUCAAUCUCGGCGGAAAAGGUAUAGCGUUUGUUGGCACGGUGAUAUCGUGGUUUUUCAUCCCAAUAUUUGGACGCAGGACGAUAUAUCUAACGGGAUUUACUAUCCUCGUGUGCGCCUUAUGGAUAAUUGCCAUCCUAGCUUGUGUUCCACAAUUCGCAGCCAUUAAGUUUGUGCAAGCUUCUCUCUGCCUCGUCUGGCUAGGCUCAUACUCAAUGACUGUCGGGCCCAUUGUGUAUACGAUUGUUGCAGAGAUUGGAUCCACGCAACUGCGCACCAAAACGGUCGUCUUGGGGCGGACUACGUACUACAUUGGAAACAUUAUAGGACAGGUCUUGGAACCACAUAUGAUGAACCCAACAGGGUGGAAUUGGAAGGGCAAAACCGCUUUCUUCUGGGGAGCUCUGGCCCUGUUAACUAACAUCUGGGCAUACUUUCGACUCCCUGAGACCAAAGACCGCACUUACGAAGAACUCGAUAUCAUGUUCGACAAAGGGAUUAAGGCAAGACACUUUAGUAAAUACGAGUUCAGGGAUGACGAAGAUUAA